UCAUCACUCGCUCGCAUCGCACUGCGCGCUCCGAUCCCCCUCCACCCGUCUCAGCUAGCAGCCUCGCCUUGUUGUGGCCUAUAAAUUCCGCGCCACUCCAACGCCCACCCUUCUCAGGAUGAAUCGGAAGAGAGAAUCCUACCAAACCUAGCUACCAACUCGAUCGUCGUCAUCACGCUCGACCGCACAACUGCACCAAGGGGGGAGGAGACCUAAAAACUACUACAUCUUUUAGCUACACAUCUAGCUAAAGAUCGAGAGGGGUAAAUAAGGACGAGCGGGCGCGAGCUAGAAGAGCAGCUGCAGGUACUACCAUCAUCGUCGUCGUCGUCGCCAGGAUGACCGUCGUCGACGCCGUCGUCUCCUCCACCGAUGCCGGCGCCCCUGCUGCCGCCGCCACCGCGGUACCGGCGGGGAACGGGCAGACCGUGUGCGUGACCGGCGCGGCCGGGUACAUCGCCUCGUGGUUGGUGAAGCUGCUGCUCGAGAAGGGAUACACUGUGAAGGGCACCGUCAGGAACCCAGCAGAUGACCCGAAGAACGCGCACCUCAAGGCGCUGGACGGCGCCGCCGAGCGGCUGAUCCUCUGCAAGGCCGAUCUGCUGGACUACGACGCCAUCUGCCGCGCCGUGCAGGGCUGCCAGGGCGUCUUCCACACCGCCUCCCCCGUCACCGACGACCCGGAGCAAAUGGUGGAGCCGGCGGUGCGCGGCACCGAGUACGUGAUCAACGCGGCGGCGGAGGCCGGCACGGUGCGGCGGGUGGUGUUCACGUCGUCCAUCGGCGCCGUGACCAUGGACCCCAAGCGCGGGCCCGACGUCGUGGUCGACGAGUCGUGCUGGAGCGACCUCGAGUUCUGCGAGAAAACCAGGAACUGGUACUGCUACGGCAAGGCGGUGGCGGAGCAGGCGGCGUGGGAGACGGCCCGGCGGCGGGGCGUGGACCUGGUGGUGGUGAACCCCGUGCUGGUGGUGGGCCCCCUGCUGCAGGCGACGGUGAACGCCAGCAUCGCGCACAUCCUCAAGUACCUGGACGGCUCGGCCCGCACCUUCGCCAACGCCGUGCAGGCGUACGUGGACGUGCGCGACGUGGCCGACGCGCACCUCCGCGUCUUCGAGAGCCCCCGCGCGUCCGGCCGCCACCUCUGCGCCGAGCGCGUCCUCCACCGCGAGGACGUCGUCCGCAUCCUCGCCAAGCUCUUCCCCGAGUACCCCGUCCCAGCCAGGUGCUCCGACGAGGUGAAUCCGCGGAAGCAGCCGUACAAGUUCUCCAACCAGAAGCUCCGGGACCUGGGGCUGCAGUUCCGGCCGGUCAGCCAGUCGCUUUACGACACGGUGAAGAACCUCCAGGAGAAGGGACACCUGCCGGUGCUCGGAGAGCGGACGACGACGGAGGCCGCCGACAAGGAUGCCCCCACGGCCGAGAUGCAGCAGGGAGGGAUCGCCAUCCGUGCCUGAGAGGGCGAUGCCACACAUGAACACAAAGCAAUGUUCAUACUGCUGCCCUGCACCUGCUGUGUAAACAGGCCUGUGUUUGUUCUGGCUGAUAGUGAUGUACCCUAAGACUUGUAACGUCAUGUUCGUUCUUGUGAACUAUAGCGAGUGAAUAAAAUUGGUUAAUGUUGGAUGUUCAAAAUUUUGCA